GUGGUCACCUGACAUGAAGGAGGGAGGUCAUGUGACCCACUGCACAGCUCGGUCACAACAGAGAUGGCGGCCACGGGGAGGUUACUAAUUAGUACGAUUUUACUUGUUUUUACUUUUCGUUCAUGUCUAAGUUUGUUUUACGGAGGAAAUACUUACAAAAGAAAGCUGUUUGUGCAGCUGAACCCAAACUCAAGCUCUCUUCCUCGCGGUGGUGAACUGCUGCAUGUGAGAGCUGUAGGACAAAACGACACGCUGCACUACCUGUUCUGCAGUCAAGGGGCACCAACACUGCUGCUCGUCCAUACUAACAGUUCUUCUUCCACUGUCAAGGUAAACUGGUCCCAGUUUUCGAGUCGUAAUACCAGCGGCAGCCUAACGGUGGAGCCAGAGAGCAGCAUCUUGUACAGCUCUGCUGUCGUCUUCAGUCGGCUGUGGGAGUAUGAUGACGUAAACAACACCGCUGAGGCAUCCUCAGACCUUCUCCCUCCGCACGAGCUGCAGGACUUCAGCUGGUCUCUUUUCAACCUGUCUGGUGCAACAUCUCUGCUCUGUGGAGCCCCCUCGGACUCCACCAAUGGGUCGCUCUGCCUGCAGUUGUCUGUGUUUGACUCGGAGGGGCGUAACAAGUUAUGGCCUCGCCUCCUACAUUCUGCUAACUCCUCCCAGGUGGAGGUAUGGCUUAAUGGCAUAUUGCCGAGAUCAAAUGCCUCCAGGUUUGUGUUGGAACUGCAGGCAGUGAGUGGGACCUAUCCGCUAAGCAGAGUGGACACUCGCCAGUCCAUCGAUGACGAGUACACGCCGUCGAUAUUCAAGAUGUUCCAGUGGGUAUCCUCAAUAAACGGAAGCUCAGACAUUCUGGGUUUUGUCCAGUGGAAGCCUGUGGCGUACAGGAAGUCCCAUCCGGUGCUGGAGGACGCCACGCCUUGCCGCCACUCUGACCCAGAUUCACAAAACGGAGAGGAAACGGCAGCUUUAUCUGCUCUGAUUCGAGGCUUCUAUUCAAAUCCAGAAGUUAUGGGAAUGAACGUGAGCUUCGGCAUGGCAGGAGAACCCUUCUACAACAGCACCAUGUUCCUCAGCUGGACCAUGCUGGUGGGCGUUGGCUCUCCUCCCGUUGACUCGUUCUCUCCCCUGGUUCUCGCCAUCAUGGCGGUGUGUUUGGGGGCUCCUGUGAUCCUCCUGCUCCUGGGGGGAGUUUUUGUCUUCCUCUAUAAAAGGAGGCACGCUACGGUGACGGCCUACGAGCGAAUCAACUGACGGCUGAGACCCAGCCAAUGAGAUGCAGAGGCUGUUUUUAAAACUGAAACAUUUUAGAGAGUCAGGAUGGACGAGGGAAAUCAGGACAGGCUUUAUCUUGUCUUGUAAAUCGUUUUAUUUUAAAUAACAGAUCAAUUAUUUGAAGUAGAAAGUUUUUCUAAAUAUCAGCAAGACUGUUAAGAGCGAAAUGGUGCACAAUCAGGAGCAUUUAUUAUAAAAAAAAUUAUUCUAGUUGUGUAUUUUUGAGAAAUUUGUAAAGAUUCAAUGGAUUUUUGAUCUUUUCAAACCUGUUUUCCAUCAUGUUGAUUCAAACUAAACAGACAUCUUGUCCCAGUUUAUCUCUAAGGGAAAAACAUCAUUUGUUGUAUAUUUAAUGUUUUACUCAGCGGCUGCUUGCUUGCUUAACAGACUGGUGGAUUUUCAGGGCUGAUAUUCAGCUGAUUAAUCCGCAUUAAACGAGUCUACGGCAACAUCAUUUGUACUAAAUGACAAAUUUAUGGAGGUUUUCUGAGCCUUAACAGAAAAAUACAAUUAAUGUCAUCCGAGAGGAUUUGUCCUGAGUGGGAGGUUACGUUUAGAGGUUCAAACUUGAAAUGAUUAAAAUAAAAUAAAUUGUAUUUUGUAAA